AUGUAAUAUUACUAAAAGGUGAGACCUAUUAUAGCUGCUCAUCGAGGAUUGUCCAGUCUUUAUCCAGAAAAUACAUUAGAAGGAUUUAAAUCUGCACUUUAAUUUUCUGAUUUUAUCGAAUUAGACGUUGUCUUGAACAGAGAUAGACUUCCAAUUGUUUGUCAUGAUGCUUUUUUAAGUUUAGUUAAUGAUGUUAAAAAACACUAUAAAUUUGAAAAUAGAAAAAAAAUUAGAUUGGUGGAUUCUGAUUUCACUUUAGAAGAAUUAAAGGAAUUACGUUUAACUUAAUGCAUAAACAAUCGAAAAAGUGAAUACGAUGGACAUCUUAAAAUACCUUCAUUAAAAGAAACUGUUGAGUAUUUCUUAAAGUAUAAUCAAAAGAUUGACAAUAAAAAAGGAAUCCUAUUAGAAAUAAAAGACUAUGAUUAUCAUUAAUAAUACUGCAAUAUUAAUAUUGCUGAAAUUAUAUUUACAUUUUUGAAAGAAUAAGGUUUGAGUACACUGCGUGAAUGCAGUUAAAAACUACCUAUUGUUAUUAUGUCAUUUGAAAAGUAAAUACUAUAAUAUUUUAAUAAUAAUACAGAUCUCCCUUUAACAUAAUUAGUUUGUUUAGAAGAUAAAAAUAUUCCAACAAUAACUGAAAUUGCUCAAUAUGCUAAAAUAAUUGGUUUAGACUUAAGAUUGGUAUGGGAAAAUAAUUAAACUCAUUAAUAUUAUAAUGAGGCUAAGGAGAAUGGUUUAAUUAUAUAUGGAUGGACAUUUUAGGACGAUAGUGAUGAUCUUAAAAAACUGUUCAAUGAAUAAGAUGUAGGAAAAAUAUAUUAAAAAAGUAGUACCUUACUUUAGGGCAUUAUAACAGAAUUUCCUUAAGAAGCUGUAAAAUUCAUACUUUGA